AUGGGGAAGAGGAAGGUGCCUGAUCUAUACAGAGCGCCAUUUCCACUCUACUCUGUCAAAGUUGAUCCAGGUUCAGGCCUCAUAGUCGUCGCUGGAGGUGGAGGAGCAUCCAAAACUGGAAUUAAGAAUGCUCUGCACUUCCUGGAGCUGCAGAGAGUGGGGGAGCGCGAGUUCGGUGCAACACUGCUUCAUGCUCACGACACCGAAACCAAAGCCAACAUGAACCUGGCACUGGCAGAUGAUGUCAUCGCCACAGGACAGGACGGAAACUGCUGCCUCAUGAAGUUCAAACACGCGCAGAGUAAAACAAAACCGGCAGCAACAAAAGAUGCAGAAAACAGCCAGCAGAGCGCCCCCCGAAGGAGAGCAGGUAAAGGCAAUGCUCCGGCACAAGACUCCAGGGAUGCGGCGGAGCUGAAUGACGACACGCCACAGAUCCAGGUCCAGAAUCUAGGCGAAGUCCAGUCUGACCUCAACCCUCAGGACCCUCUGCAGAAGGUGGUCCGCUUCAGCCCAGAUCGGAGUCUUUUGCUGACCGGAGGCACGGACGGACACAUACGGGUCUGGGAGUUCCCAUCAUUAAAGAAGAAAUAUGACUUCAAAGCACAUGAAGAUGAGGUAGAAGAUCUGGAUUUGAGCCCAGGGAACAAGCUGGUGACAGUGGGCAGAGACUUCAGCUGCAGUGUCUGGAGCGGAGACCAACUCGCCAUGAGCCUCCAGUGGCACCAGACCAGACCUGGCAUGGGGGACAAGACCUACCGCUACAUGGCCUGCAGGUUUGGUUCCGUAGAAGACCAGAAGGAGGCGCUGCGGCUGUACACGGUGCAGAUCCCUCACAAGCGUGACAGGAAGCCCCCGCCCUGCUUCAUCACCAAAUGGGACGGCAAGAGUUUCCUGCCCAUGCUCACUGCCCCCUGUGGCUCGGAGGUUAUAUCCACGCUCGCUGUCAGUGAUUCUGGAACCUUUCUUGGUUUGGGGACGGUAACUGGAUCUGUCGCUAUUUACAUUGCUUUUUCACUACAGAAACUGUAUUACGUUCAAGAGUCCCACGGCAUCGUCGUUACGGACUUGGCCUUCCUGCCAGACUCGCCCCGGGGCAGACAGCUGAGGGGGGACCACGAGGCAGCCUUGUUGAGUGUGGCAGUGGACAGCCGCUUCCAGCUUCAUGCGCUCAACAAUCGACGCUCCUGUCCGGUGUGGCUGGUGCUGCUCUGCUGUGGUCUCAUGGUGGUCAUAGUAAUUCUGCUUCUUCAGAACAUGUUCCCGGGACUGCUCUGA